AGCUGGUGCUUCAAUUACAUAUUUUUAAAAAUUUUUCGCAGGCUACUGCUUUAUAGCCUGCGUAUCCAAGAAUCUUCAGAAUGAAAUCUUUCGUUCUGGUUUUGAUCAUUGUUGCGGCUGUUUAUGCCGUUGACAAUCCUCCAAAGCGAUACGGCGAAUGCGACACAGACCGCUCAAUGAAGGAAUUGCUUGAAGAAAUCGGCGUACUAGAGGAAGAAAUGCAACAAGAAGGAGACGAAGUGGACUCAGACAAAAUUGUCAGAGAAGCAUCGGGUGCUGUGUUAGCGCCACUAGCGCACCGCUCUAAACGAAAUUCGGUUGAGAAAAAAGAAAAAGCGCGUUUAGUAGAGAUUGAUGCACUUGUGGAAAAACUUUGGGCCGAUAAAGAAAAACAAGCAAAUGGGGAGGCCGCAAUAGAUGCACCGAUUACUGAACAAAAGGAAGAGCACGACACAGAACCAGAGGUCAAAACACCAAGAAAAAAAGUGUCACAUCCUCGGUUUGAAAAUACAUCCACAUCCGAGUACACUCACGAUAGACGGAAACUUGAGAGAAGUAAGCACGGAAGGAAAGAUGGAAAGAAGGACAAUCGGAAAACCGCCACGGCUGUGCAAGACGAAGUAAAUUCUGACGAAGAUCCCAUUGAUGCAGAGAAGCCUGCUGAUACUAAACCACAACAUCGAGAAGGCUGGAGAAAGGAAACAUCACAGAAUCGAAAACCACAAGAAGAAAAUCACUAAGCACCAUAAAAAAGAAGAAUCAGACGAGGAUCCUGAUUCUGCCACAAGUGUUCCGGAAGAUUCACCUACCGUUAAGCCUCGUAAGGUAUCGGCUCCUGUAGAACCUGCUACGGUAGAAAGUGAGCCGAUCACGGAUGCUCCUGAGGAAUCUUUUAUUUCUGAUUCCGUCCCUCCGUCCCCUGCUGCAGAUCCCGUUACUGUCGCUUCUGAGGAUCUUGCUCCUUUCGUUUCUGAGAAUCUCGCUCCUGUCCCUACUGAAGAUUCCGCUCUUGUCGGCUCAACGGAUUCCGCUACUGUCACCCCUGCGGAUCCCACUACUAUUGCCUCCACUGGAGUAUCUGAUGAUGUUGCUCAUGAGGAAAUUACAGAUAGUCUUUCCCAAGCGAUAAAUAUUGGUCAAGCUCGCCUUAAACGACACGAUACAGUGGUCGAAAGCAAAAUAGACAAGAGGACAGAAAAACAGAAACAACGUAAGCCUACAACUGUUUCGGAUCGUUCGGUUGCAAGUACGGAGUCUGAUGUCCCCCGGAAGGAGAAAUCAAACAUCGAACACAAGAACAAAACAUCAGAAGAAGACCGAGUUAGUCGAAAACAUGGAUUUCCAACAAAAAAAGCACAUCUCGAUGAAAAGGAAGGCAAAGAAAAGAAAACGAAGCCACAAAAGAAAGAUGAACAACCAGAACAUACGGUUGGCAGACACAUUCCUGUUAAGGCAGCACAAAAUGGUGGUGCUAACAAUCGCACUAACGUUCGUGUUACCGUCAAGCAGACACCUGCACCGAAGUCUGAUGACAUGGGGAAGGUAGGAUCAGAAGAAGUGAUCCACGCCAAAAUUCAUCAAGCAAAACACAAAUCCAACAAUUUUGCUACUGCAAGUCCUAAAAACGUAAAAUCUGGUGCCAAAAAUGCUUCAGCAGCAAGGGCUCGUGAUGGCGUUCCCAAUAAAGAAAAAACACCAGCUGUACGUGAGGAACAGGCUUCUGAUUCUACUGCGAAGCCUCUUGCUUAACACAAGAGCACUUUUAUCGUGAUUACUGCUCGUCAAUUCAUGUCCCAUGUUUCGCAUUCUAAAUUUGGAUGGAGACACCGAUUAACAGCAACACAGCAAAUUUAAACAAUUACUUGCUUUCCUUUAACUCUUUGCUUUUUAGCAAUAGGCUUUGUGUCAUGGAUUUCAGUGGACUAUGGGCAAAUUUGUAGGUUGUAGUUUUUCAUCUAAAUAAAUACAUAGUUAUAAUCUGUA